GUACAAAAGCAAAAGUAAUGAUUACAUAACAAUCAGAGGAGUUAAUGUGAUAUCGGUCAUCGGGCAGGCGAAGGGUGACUGUCUAUUUUUCGUCAUGUCUCUAGAAUUCCGUUUCCAAUCAGCAUCGACGGAGUACCAGAAAAUACAAACAGAACUGGCAAGUUUGGUGGAGAGUCGUACUCGUCUCGAUGCCCAGCUUUCCGAGAAUGAGAUGGUCAAGAAGGAGUUUACGCAGUUAACCCCCAGUAAUGUUGUCUAUAAACUUGUGGGACCUGUAUUGGUACCUCAAGAUCAGAAUGAGGCCAAAACCAAUGUGGAGACGCGCCUGGAAUUUAUCAAGAGCGAAAUAAAACGCGUAGAUGCACAAAUAAAUGAUGGCGAGGAUAGAUCAGAGAAAAAGAAGAAUGAGCUCGUCGAGAUACAGACGAAGCUUCAGCAGGCUCAAACUACGCCAAAUCCUUGAACGAAUCUCGCCAAAAUACCGCAGUGAAGAUACUUUGGAAUGGAAUUCCUGAUCAACUCAAUUCAACGAUUAACUUGUAUUUUACCCCGCA